GCUUCGCUAUCAACACAUUUGUAUAAUAUGGCCGAGGAUGCGAUGCAUAGCCUGCCAGUGAUAUCCUGUGUUCUUUGCUCAAAAAGUUUUAGUGGCUGUGUUGCCCUGGCUGAUCAUUUAUGUGCAUUCCAUCGAGUAAAUCAACAGGACGAGAGGAAUUUCUCACACGGAGAUAGUUAUAUGGAAAAAGAGCGACAGGUUGAUGCCAUGAAAACUCACUCAUGUGAUGUAUGUGAUCGAAGUUUCAAAAAGCCAUCAGACUUGGUGCGACACAAGCGAGUUCAUACAGGCGAAAAACCAUAUUCAUGCGGUAUUUGCGAGCGUUCGUUUCGCGUCAAAUCGACCCUCUAUCAGCAUCUGAAAAUACAUGAAGACAUUGGAAAUGCACGUGAAAUGUGCACAGUGUGCGGUAAAUAUUACUGCUCGCUGUCGUCGCUACGUCAGCAUCUCUAUUUGGCGCAUGCCGAGGAGCGGAUGUUCAAAUGUACCGAGGAAACAUGUUAUGAAAGAUUCAAGUCAGUCGGAGAAUCUAUAAAAUUCUGCUUAAAAUUUUGA